AUGGGGAGAUAUGUGGUAAGGAAUUUAUUUAUAUAUGUACCCUCUGUGAAAAUGUGUAUUUCAAGUAAUAAUUGCCUUCUAAGUCAUCAUUGUCCCUCACAGUUGAGGGAAAAGAUAGUCUGCUUACAAAACAAAACUGGACAGUCUGUACAGAUAUUUUCUAAGUUUGAUAUCAUUGUUCCCAUCAAUAAUUAUACCCUUUGGAACUUAAUUAAGUCACGUGUUUCAAAGUAUUCAAAAUAUCCAACUUUGGCUUGUUCUGAGCAAGAAAAACCACUUACUGCAAAACAAAAAGACUGGCCCUAG